AUGCUGGAGCAGCAAUUGUCUCCUUCUGCUGCAGCAGCAACAGCAGAAACAGCAGGAAGCUCAGAAGACACGGAGCAGCAGCAGCAACAGCAACAGCAGCAGCAGCAACAGCAACAACAGCAGAAGCAGGAGAAGGAGAAGCAAGAGCAGCAGGAGUACCAGGAGCAGCAAGAGCAGCACGAGGAGGAGGAGAAGCAGGAACAGGUAAAACUGGAGCAGCAGCAGGAGCAGCAGCAGGAGCAAGAGAAACUGCAGCAUGAGCAGGAGCAGCAUGAGCAGCAGCAGCAGGAGCAGCAACAAGUGGCAGCAGCAGCAACAGAAGAAGACUGCUUGACGGUUAACGCAGCUGAGGGACAGCCAACAGCAGCAGCCCGUCACAGCAGCAGCAACGAGGCCUCUCCACAGCAGCUGCAGCAGCAACAGCAGCAGCAACAGCAGCAGCAACAGCGGCAUCGGUUGCUGCAGCAAAAGCUGCUGCAGCGGCAGCAGCAAUACCUUGCAUCCCUUGAGGUUACACCGCAGCACGAUGCUGCUGGUGCUGCUGCUGCAUCUCUUGUACAUUCUCUAGUCAGCAGGCUCAGCAGCAACAGCAGCAGCAACAGCAACAGCAGCAGCAGCAGCAGCAGCAGCAGCAACGGUAACGAGGAAGCUGUGUCGCUGCAGCACGAGUCAACGCAUGCUGUAUCGCUGCAGCGAGCCCAGCAGCAGCAGCAGCAGCAGCAGCAGCAGCAAAUGUAUGAAUGCCACCCCGUAGGCCUCCCUCGCGGGCUGCCGUUAACAUCAGGAUGGCAACAGCAGCAGCAGCAGCAACAGCAGCAGCAGCAGCAACAGGGAGGAAUAACUGCAUGCGCUGUUGCUGGUAACUCGGCGCUGCUUGGCUUCCGCAGCGGUCUGCUGCUGCUGCUGCCGCUGGGGACUCGCGAGCAGCAGCAGCAGCAGGCGCAGCAGCAGCAACAGCAGCAGGAGCGUCCAACUUCCGCUGCUGCUGGCGCUCUGACUAACGGCUCAAAUGAGCUAGGAAGGCAGCAGCAACAGCAGCAGCAGCAACAGCAGCAGCAGCAACAGCAGCAACAGCAGCAGCAGCAGCACUGGGUGCUGCAGGGACACACUGCAGAAAUAACAGAUAUAAGUGUGGGGUGUCGCGGCAUCAUCGCCUCUGCUGCAGCAGAUGGCAGCGUGCUGCUGCAUGUGCUGCCACAGGUGGAGAGCAACAGCAGCAGCAGCAGCAGCAGGAGCAGCAGCAGAAGUUUGAGGUCACCACGGAGCAAGAAUGCAGCAGCAGCAGCAGCAGCAGCAGCAGCAGUAUAUGUGUCUCCUGAGGUGUCUCUAAGGUAUAAUAGCCCUGUCCUUACUGUCUCUCUUUCCCCUGAUUGCUGGCAACCUUUCUUUGCUGCAUCUCCUUUUGCUGCUGCUGCUGCUGCUGCACCUGCAGCAGCGGCGGCGGCAGCAGCAGCAACAGCAGCAGCAGCAGGGCCUCCAGGGGGCCCUGUCUUUUCCCGUUUUCGCAGGUCAUACGCACAGCAGGAUGCAGCAGCAAAGCUGCUGCUGCAGCAGCAGCAAGAGCAGCAGCAGCAGCAGGUGGGGAUGCAUGCAGUGGCAGCAGUGGGGUGUAUGGAUGGUAGCUUGCUACUGCAUACACGGGGUGUAUAUGCAGCAAGAGAUUCUUUGCUGCAGAAAGGAGACAGUCCCCUUUGCUGCUGCAGAUGGCGCAGCAGCAAACUUGCAUGGACAGCAGCAGCAGGAAAUGUUUUUGUUCUUAAUUUAGCUACAAGACAAAAGAUCUGCUGCCUACAGCCUCCUGCAGCAGCAGCAGCAGCAGCAGCAGCAAACAAUGUAGCAGCAGGAGGUGAUGCAGCAGCAGGAGGUGCUGCAGCAGCAGUAGAAGGUGCAGGGGGCCCCUUAGGAAGGGGAGGAGCCGCAGCAGCAGGAACAGCAGCAGCAGCAGCAGCAGCAGCAGCAGCAGAUAAUGCUGCGCUGCUGCAGUGGCUAGAGGACGACUUGCUGGUAGUCGCAUGGAGGACAGAGCUGCAGUUGCUGCGGCUUGUCUCCUCCGCAGGACCCAUUGCUGCAGCAGCAGCAGCAGCAGCAGCGGAUGCAGCAGCAGAUGCAGCAGCAGCAGUUGUUUCUGGGCAAGUUGUUGCUGCUAUAGAACUAACAGGCAGCCGUGUGCUUGGCUGCUUCCUCAGUCCUAGUGCUGCUGCUGCUGCUGCUGCUGCUGCUGCUGCUGCUGCUAAUCUGCCGUCUCUCUCUAUCGUCUCUGUUGAAAACACAGCAGCAGCAGUAACAGCAGCAGCAACAGCAGCAACAGCAGCAACAGCAGCAGCACCAACUGCUGCUGCUAUAGAAGACUCUGCAGUCUGCCUGACGCUUGUCAACUGCAGCAGCGGCUCUCUCCUCUCCAGUCAGCAGUUGCGGCUGCCUUCAGCAGCAGCAGCAGCUGCUGCUGCUGCUGCUGUUGCUGCUGCUGCUGCUGAGGAGACAGACACUAGCUGCUGCAGAGACAAGUGUCUCCUUGUGUCUCCUCUAGCAGCAACGGGGGGCUGUCUCCUUUGCUGCGGAUCAGAAGCAUUCAUACUACGGCCGAGGGAUGCAAGAGACACAGUUGAGUGGCUGCUGCAGCAGCAGCCGCUGCAGCUGUACGUACACCUGGCGCUGUCAACUGCUGCUGCUGUAUCUGCUUCCUUUGCAACAGAGAAGGGCUUGGAGGCGGUGCGGCUGCUGCUCCUGCAGCAGCAGCAGCAAGCUGCAGCAGAGCUGCUGCCGCAUCUGCUGCUGCAGCACGACUCUGAUUGGAUGGAGCUGCUGAACCUCUUUUCUCAGCACGACGCUCUUGCUGUCUUUGCUGCGCACCUUCCUGCUGCUGCUGCAGCAGCAGCAGCAGCAGCGAGCACAGCAGCAGCAGCAGCACAAACUCAGCCUCCCUUAGCUCUAUACUACGAGCUGCUCCGCCGCCUCCUCAGGCUUGCAGGUGCAUGCAUCCGCAACAGCUCGGGAAAGCAGCAAGAGCAGCAGCAGCAAGAGCAGCAGCAGCAAGAGCGGCAGCAGCAAGAGCAGCAGCAGCAGGAGCAGCAGCAGCAGGAGCAGCAGUCCAUAGGGGAGGGAGUUGCUGAGGCGGAGGCAUUCUUGAAUUGUCUCUUUAUCUCUCCUUCCUUGCCUGCUGCUGUUUGCUGCGAGCUGCUGCAGCGGCUGCUGCAGCUGCAGCCGCUGCGCUGCCUCGCGGUGUGGGGCCCCAGAGCCCCACAAGAGUCUGCGCUGCAGGCACACCAGCGCGUACUGCAGCAGCAGCAGCAGCAGCAGAAGGAGCAGCAAAGGGUGGAGGAAGAGCAGGAGCAGCAGGAGAAGCAGGAACAGCUUGAAGAUCGUGAUAAUCAACAGCAACAGCGGCAGCAGAAAAAGCAACAACAGGAGCAGCAGCAGGAGCAGCAGCAGGAGCAGCAGCAGGAGACGCAGCAGCAGGAGCAGCAGGAAGAGCGCAGCAGCAUGCUUGUUAUUGAUCCUCUACUAGAGGCGUUACUACGUGCAUGCGUGCUGCUAGCCCAUCGAUUAAGACUCUUUUGCUGCUGCGCGCAUGCGCUGCUGCUGCUGCAGGACCCAAGGGCUGCGGUGUACAUACACCGUGUGCUGCUGCAGCCGCAGGAAGCAGCAGCACCAAGUCUUAGUGAUUCCUCUACGCUGCAACACGGUGUAGCAGCAGCAGCAGCGGCAGCAAAAGAAGCAGCAGCAUUACAUGGGGAAGACGACGAGCAGCACAUGCUGCUGCCUUCUGCUGCUAGUGCUGCUGCUGCUCUUGCUGCUGCAGUACCUGCUAUGGCCCUGCAGCUGCUGCAGCUAGAUGCAUCAGAGGCUUCGCUGCUGCUGCUGCUGCGUCUUAAUGCUGCUAAGCCGUGGCUGUCUGUUCCUGUCCCGCGCUGCUGCUGCAGUGCCUGCUGCAGCAGCAGCAACAGCAGCAGCAGCAAGGUCGUUUGCCUGUGCAGCAGCAGCAGCAGCAGGGGCUCUCUGCUGUUUGCUGCUGAUGCUAUUGUCCCUCGUCUCCUUUGCUGCAGUUUGCUGCUGCACUUAUAUCUAAAGGCAGCAUUUGCUGCUUGUGCUGCUGCUGUUGAGCAUCUCUCGCUGCUGCAGAUAAAGUUGUACCUGAUGCUGGAGCCUCAUUUGCUGCUGGAUUUCCUCCGUGCUGCUGACGGCAGCUAUGACUACGAGCAGGCAUACGUGAUGCUGCUGCAGCACAACCAGCAGCAGCAGCAGCAGCAGCAGAAGCAGGACGGUGCGGAGGCACACUCUCCCCUAGCUGCUGCUGCAGGAGACAUUCGAGCUCCGCAUGCAGAAUCAGAAGGAGCAGCAACAGCAGCAGCAGGAGAAACAGCAGCAGCAGAAACGGGAGAAACAUCAGCAACAGCAGCAACAACCGCAGCAGCAGAAACAGGAGAAACACCAGCAACAGCAGAAGCAACAGCAGCAGCAAAAGCAGCAGCAGUAGCAGCAGGUGCCUCAGAGGAUAUGCUGCAGUCUCUCCAUGCAUGCCUCUUGGGUAUGGGGGCUGCAGCACCUCGUGCUGCUGCCUUCCUGCUGCAGCGGCUAGGCAGAGAGGAGGAGGCUGUGCUGCUGCUGCUGCUGCGCUGCAGCGAUGUCGAGGCAGCUGUUAGCAUAGCAGAGGAGACGCAAGCUGCAGCAGCAGCAGCAGCAAGAACAGCAGGAUGUCCCCUUGAGCAGCACCUGCACGAGGACGAGUAUGUCGGGCAGCAGGACUACCAGGAGCAGGAUGAGCAGCAGGAGCAGCAGCAGCAGCAGCAGCAGGACCCUAGUGGUGGCUUGUGGCAGCUAAUUGUCUCCGUUUGCUCAUCCAGCAGCAGCCUUCUUGUGCGUCUCUUAGAUGCGUUAGAUAGACCCUUGCUGCAGCAGCGCAGCAGCACAGCAGCAGCAGCAGCAGCAGCAGCAAACGUAGCAGCAGAUGCAGCAGAUGCAACAGGAGCUGAAUCGUCCCUUGUCUCUCUGGCUAGAACCAACAGCAACAGCAACAGCAACAGCAGCAGCAGCAGCAGCAGCAGCAGGACACUAACUCGAUGGUAUUUGCUGCCGCUCUCUUUAGGGCAGCAGCUGCUGCAGCUGUCUCCUGGUCCUGUGCAGCAUUUGCUGCCAGCAAUAGACCGUCGUGUUGCUUUGCUGCUACAGCAGCAGCAGCAGCUACUGGAGGUGCAGCAAGCUGCAUGCGCAUGCAUGCAGGCAGAGAAGAAGGUGCUGCAAUGGGAGCUCUUCUUCAGCAGACGACGGGGAAUUGCUGUCUCCUGCAGCAGCAGCAGCAGCAGCAACAGCAGCAGCAGCAGCAGCAGCAACAGUAGCAGCAGCAGCAGCAGCAUGAAUGGAGACAUAGGGGAGAAGAGACAGCUGCGGUUGCUCUUAGAGAAUUCUUCUUAUUAUACACCUGAGCUGCGGAGACACCUCAGAGCAGCACGUGCUGCAGCAGCAGCAGCAGCAAGACACAACCAGCAGCCGCUGCAGCUAUUUAGCGGCAUCAGCAGCACACCUGUCCGCUUCCAGUCAACUUCCUUGCUGCGGCAGCCUGCUGCUGCAGCAACAGCAGCAGCAGCAGGAACACCAGCAGCAACACCAGCAACAGCAGCAACAGCAGCAGGGAGGUGUCGGCCUUGCGCUAAGAAGCAAACCGCUGCUGGACCUACUGCAGCGCCUGGAACUCCUGCUGCUGCUGCAGCAGCACCAGCAGCAGCAGCAGCCGCUGCAGCAGCUACAAGCAGGGAUCGCUUCUUGACCCGCUGUGUCAUUUGCUGCAGACCUCUCUCCUCCCCUCCUGGUACCCGUACAGAGUUUUAUACUGCUGCUGCUGCAGCAACAGCAGCAGCAGCAGCAGCAACAGAUGGUGUUGAAUCAAUAGACCCAUCAGCAGCACCAACCCGCACCAACUCCCCUAGGUCUGUUCCUGCUGCAGCAGAUGCAGCAUACGGCCCCCCCGAAGCAACGGGUGCAGCAGCAGCAGCAGCAGCAGCAGAAGCAUCAGCACAACCUGCUGCAGUUGCUGCUGCUAUAGGCGACGAGCAGCGAGAGCAGCAGCAGCAAGAUAAAAUAGUGGUGUUUUGGUGUGGUCACUGCAUGCACAGCAGCUGCUGCUACCGCAGCAACAGCAGCAGCAGCAGCAGCAAAAAAGGAGACACAGAAGAAGAAGAGGAGACAGAUCUCCUUUGUGGCUUGUGCUGCUUUACUCGUGCUGCUGGUGCUGCUGCUGGUGCUCCUGCUGGUGCUGCUGCUGCUGCAUGGAGAGACCCUUCGGGACCCCCUGGGCCGUGGGCGAGACCUCCUGCAGCAGCAACAGCAGCUGCAGCAACAGCAGCAGCAGAUGGAUGCAUGCAGUUGUCAGACUGUCAGGGGAAGACCUAA